UCACACACAAACAAGAAACAGUUCGCUGGUGAUUACUGCCGGAUGGUUCAAACUACGUGGAUUUUCUUCUUCGUAGCUCACUUUUAUCACAAUGUCUCAGGACCCCUGGUUACAGGACUAUGAUGCCACUUGUCGCUUGGCACAGGAAAUUGCCGAAAACAUCCAUGAACGGAACAGGCAGCAGAGAACGGGGGGAAACCCAGCAAAGAUCAACAUGACACUUCGGGCAUCGCUGCAGAAGCUCAAACAAAAUAUCGGCCAGCUCAAAGAUGGUGUGUUGCGAGCGUCGUCAUCUCGCCGCAUCAUGCAGUCAGAAGCGGAUAGGAGGCAGAACCUCAUUGACGACCUGCUCACCAGAGACAGGCAGCUCAAUGCCUCCUUCAAGGGAGACGUCACAGAGUCCGAGCCCUCCAGAUAUACAUUGAUGGCUGAAGGUGCGGGAGGAAGUCGAGACGCAGCAAACCCCUGGCUGAUCAACGAGACGGACGAGACCAGAGGGCUGGGCUUUGGAGAGAUCAAACAGCAUCAACAAAGAAUCAUUGAAGCUCAGGAUGCGGGCUUGGACGCACUAGCCGCCGUCAUCAGCCGGCAAAAGAUGAUGGGCCAGGAGAUUGGCAACGAGCUGGAUGAACAGAAUG